AUGAAUAUGUUGGAUGAUGAAGAUGACCAAAGCUUUCACGCUACGCGUGACGGCUACUCCCAUUUGAGCGAUGUCGAAUGGGAUGCGGUUGAACGAAUGGGUUCGACCAUGGGCAUCCAUGCUGUUAGCGUCAUGCUUGAGGCUCUCAAUAGAGAUGCCCAACAUGCUACUAUCGCCAAGUUCAUUCAAAAUGAACUUGACGCAGAACGCGAGAAAGUAGCCUUGCUUCACCAACAAGGUUCUCAACAAGCAGAGUUGUUGAGAGAACAGGGUGCUCAACAGUUUGAACUGUUGAGACAGCAGCAGGCUGCUGCUGGUGGGUCGAUGCACUCGCGUCGACCCGAAACCUUGAAGAUUGACAUCUCCAAGUAUAGGGGGGUCGAAGAAGACUCCCUCUUGAGAUGGUUCGUCGAAUUGGAUGACGCCAUAAGGGCGCGUCGCAUCGACGACGGGGAUAUGCAAGUUGCAUUUUCCCAGUCAAAUCUGGCAGGACGUGCCAAGACUUGGGCACUGGGGCUCAAGUUGCACGACCCAUAUGCGUUUGGGUCGUUGGAAGUUUCAAGUCGCGGCUUAGGCAAACGUUUGAACCGCCUAGAGCUGAGUUCAGAGCUCGAAUUAAACUCUUGA